UUUUCGAUGAAUAAAUGUUGCUGGAUAUUGUGAGAUGCAAUUUGAACAGUUUCCUUGAGUUUCUUCCAUUGUUUUUUAAAUGCAGAAAAAAAGCGCGGGAAUGGAUCCGGUACAAUUCAAAAUGGCGCAACAAGUUACUGUAGAUAAAGAUCAGGUUUACUACAAUCGAGAUGUUAAUUUUGAAUUGUCAGAGCUAAAUAACCGACUAGCUAGAUACAUCAGCCACGUGGCUUGUCUGGAAAAGCAGAAUAACAAACUGGCUCUUGAAAUUACAACGUUGACGGAAAACGAGUUCUCAAAGUUGAAAAAUUUUUACGAAAGCAAAUUAACUGAGCAAAGCUUUCAGAUUAAAAGCUGCGAGAAAACAAUUGCUUCGUUGAGACUGAAGAUUGCGGAGAUAACGGAAAUGUUAGCAAAAGAGAAGGUGAGUCGAAGUCAGCUGGAAGAAGAAUUAAUAGAAACGAAAAACAAAGCUGAAACCUGGGUAGUAAGUAUAAACACUCGAAAUAGGGAACUCGAACUUGAAUUAAUAGAUGCGCGGAAUAUGGAGAAAACAUUGAAAGAGAAGAUGGAGAGAGCUGAUCACUUACAUGCUAUGCGUAUUCAACAGUACCAGGAAACAAGGGUGAGGAUAGAAGCUGAUAGUGGUUACCAAAACAUCAAUGCAUUGCUUAACGAGAAGGUUGAAGAAUGGCGCAAACAAUAUGCUGUUGAGAUUGGCACAAUGAGGGUUGAAUUGGAAGAAACAUACAAAGAGAAGUUAAACACACUGAGGAUGGAGAUUGAAGAAAAACAUAAAAUGUAUUCACAACUGGAGGAAAAUUACACGCUGAUGAAAAGUUUGUUUCAGAAAGAAAUUAUUGCUUAUAAAAGCUUACUUGAAGGGGAAGAGCACAGAUUAAAGUUAAUGUCGUCUUCUGAAUGUGCUACGAAUCGAUAUCAUAUUUCAUACACAAAGCCUGACAACAUCAUUGAAGUAAUAGAGAGUGAUUCUGAGGGCAGAUAUGUGAAGCUGUCUAACACAAGCGAUCAGUCUAUUCAAUUGAAAGGUUGGAAACUUUAUAGAGUUGCUGAUGAUAAAGAAAAAGUUGAAUUUACUUUUCCGAAAUACAGCCUCGAAAAAGGAUGUUAUACCACAGUAUUCAGUGCUUCCCACGGUAAAAAGACGUUUGCAUUGAAAGACCAGGAAUGGCCACAAGGAAGAACUGUAAUAACAACAGUUGUAAAUGAGAAAGGAGAGGUUAUUACUACACACAACAUGUUGAAAGAGAACGUGACAUCAAGUCAUGCUGAUGCGGAGCAUAGAACUGGUGCUUUUUUGUUGAACAUCAGCGCUCCUCCAGUGAAAGGAGGGCACGAGUGUGAACAACGUUGUUUGAAGCAGUACCGAGUUGACUACAAAGGUCCCAGCGUUGCUAGUAAUUUGGCAGGUGUUGAGAUAACAGAAUGUAAUCUGGAUGGUGAACAUGUCAAGUUGUACAACGCUUCCUCCAACGAUAUAUGUUUGGAUAGCUGGAUUCUUCAGCAAACUGUAAACGAAGAUGACUGUAUGGUUAUCGAAACACAGCUUCAGGAUGUGAUCAAAACAGGCCAGUCAUUAAAGGUAAAAUGUAAAAAACUUAUGGACGUACAGAAAGUUGUGACAAGACUUAUCAAUCAAGAGAAGAAGGUAGUUGCUGAACAUAUUCUGCAGAUGUCAGCCGUAGCUGGACUUCAACAGGAUGUGAACGCUGACAAAAGAGAAUCAGGGUGUAUUAUGUUGGAUGUAAGCGGAAUGCAAGGUUGCGCAAUGCAACAACGUAUGAAGCUUCAAUACAUGACAGAAACAUUGUUUAGCAAGACACUUGGAAACAUUGCCAUUACUGAUUGUGAUGAAAAAGGAAAAUACGUACAACUGUCAAAUCAAUCCGAAGAGGACGAAGAGCUCGAAGGUUGUUAUAUAACACGAGUUGUAGAAAGAAAUGCAGAAGAAGCUGUGAAGUACACGUUUGCUCGUGGAUAUGUUCUCAAGGCCGGAAAAAGUGUUAAGGUUUGGGGAUCGAAUCAAAAGAAAUACCUGCCUGACCAUCUUGUAUUGAAACAUUGUGACUGGCCCAAUGGAAAGAACUGUAUCACAACCCUAUAUAGCUGCGAUAAAAAUAUUAUUGCGCAACACAGCAUGGCAACCGUCUCUACUGAGUUGCAGUAGUCAAUUUAAUCGCGAUUAUUAAUUGCCAUUGUUUUGUUUGUUUUCUUUUUUUAUGCUGAGGUGAAAGUUGGAUGCUUUGGCUUACCAAAUUAUUGGUUUUAUUUAUUGUUGUAUGAUAUUUCUAGCUUUUUAUUUAUUAGUUAUUGCUACAAGAAAAGUAUAUUGUCUGAAGUCUUAAAAGAAAGCACGUGAAAUUACAAUGCAUUCAUUAUUAGUAAAUCCAACCUCGUCCCCAGGGCAUCUUGUUUUUUGACUUUGGGAUUGCAAAAUUUAUAGCCAGGGGAAACUUGUUGGAAAUUGGUAAAUGCUGUGCCCACCUGUGGUUCUUAAAGGUGCAAAAAUGGGUACAUAAUUUUCAAAUGGUAAUGUGAUUGAAGAAAAUAGCCUUUCUGUAUAAUAGCUUUUCUGUAUAGUUUCUUUUAUUAUGUUAGACAAUACGUUGUAUUUUGAUUGGUUUAUUUUACGGCGCAUGCGUUAAUGUUUCUGAACCUAAGGUAAAAACAAACAUGUAUAUAAUCGUUUCCAAAAAAUGAAGGUGAUCGUUUAAUUUCUAAAAACCUGGAAAUAAUUUCCCGAUAAAGAAUUAUUUUCGUUGGACACCGUUCUUGUUCUGUUUUAAAUAAAAUAUGUCACUAGCCCAUGCAAUAUUGCAUCUGGAAUACACUGCGGUACUGCCAAUGCAGAAACCCCAGGAAAUGUUUCAUCAAAUCGAAAAUGAAACCGUUUGAUCGAUUACCAUGAAGCACGUGGGAACUUUUGUUUUUUAUACAAUUCAUUAUGCGAUUCAACCGAAAGGGGCAUCUAAAAUUUUUCGCUUGCGAACCUAGGGGACUCAGUCCCACGCUCCGCAACACUUUUUAUAUUGAUUACGGAGCAAAGCGUAGUGAGCGCCAGUGAACGGAUCGUAGCGGAGCGAUUUUCCUCGUUCCCAUAAAUAUAUUAGAGCGUGACGUAUUUCCUUGAUUUUCUCCCAUUACAUUAAAAAUUUAGAACGUCCGAUUUUUUUGACCCACUUGCCCAACUGUUUUUAAUGGUCAUUUCUUCAAAUUAGCUAUUUUUGCUAGCAUAAAAUCAGCUACAUAUCAGCAUAGAAAAGUUGUUUUAAACAUAUUUUCUAACUAGCUAGCUAGCUAGCUAGCUAUAUAUAUACUACACACUACACAGUGAGUAAGAUAAUUCUACUCUUUAGAAAUCCAUCACAUAGCUUGUUCUAGCUACAAUCAUCCACAAAAUUUCUCGUCUCUGCUGGCAAUUUUAUUCCAAAAGCCAAGAACUAAAAAGUUUAGAAAGUCAGCAAAGAAGAAUAUAGCUAGCUAGAUAUUGUGCAGAUUGUAUGUUCAUGAAGGUAUGUCACGUGUAAUCGUUUACCUUGCUGAGCCACAAAGGUCAGUGUUUAACAUGAGGGGGAAUGGAGAGCCAUAUUUUUGUGGACGAUUGUAGCUAUAUAUAUUGUACGCAUGGCCAGGAAAUGUUCAUCAAAUCGAAGAUGAAACCGUUUGAUCGAUUACCAUAAGGCACGUGGGAACUUUUUCGCUUGCGAACCUAGGGAACUCAGUUCCACCCUCCGCAACACUUUCUAUAUUGAUUUAUUCUCGCUCGACAACAACGGUAGCUCUACAACAACAGUUUUGUUUUUUACAUUUUAGAUUCGAAUUAUCAAUCGAAUUCGAUAGUUUUUUUUAAAAAGAAAGCAACCUCGGUCCCAGAACACAAAAAUGAUAGAAGAAACAAAUAAUAAGCUUUAAUCUAACCUCAUGAUGAGUAAACAUUGUUUGAAAUAACUUUUUUCUGGAUUAUUUUGAAAAAGAGACAACUUUCUUCGCUUCAGUUUUCAUUUUUCAGUUGAUAAACUUUGUUUCCGUGUGAUACGGCGCGCACAUAGUAAAUUGGGGGUAAAAUUAAAUUAUUCUAUCUAUAAAGACCACCGGGGCUUUAAAAACAAAAAAACAAAUAAAGACAUUUAAAAAUAAAAUAAAAAUUAGCUUUAAUAAAAUAAAGAAAAAGAGUUUUAUUUUUUAAAUUAAUAAGAAAAGAGAAUUAAAUAUUUAAAUAGUAACCCCCUGAUUUCCGUUUUUUUUAACUUGGUAAAUUUUAGCGUAACGCCACGUCGUAAGAAAGUGACCCGUGAUUUGUGUGCCAUGGCCUCACCGUGCGCACACACACACAAGGCGUAUUUAAUAUAUAGAUUAUUCCCACUGGCGAAAGUUUUUGCAUUAAAAUUUUUAUAUAUAUACGAAAUCGUUUUUGUCACGAACUUACUUCAAAAAAGUAAAAGCCCAAAAUUUUGACAUUUUUUUUCCUCGCGAAACUUUCUGCCCGCGAAAGUUUGUACCCUUAAACUAUUAUUUUUCUUCACAGGACGAAGAGCUCGAAGGUUGUUAUAUAACACGAGUUGUAGAAAGAAAUGCAGAAGAAGCUGUGAAGUACACGUUUGCUCGUGGAUAUGUUCUCAAGGCCGGAAAAAGUGUUAAGGUUUGGGGAUCGAAUCAAAAGAAAUACCUGCCUGACCAUCUUGUAUUGAAACAUUGUGACUGGCCCAAUGGAAAGAACUGUAUCACAACCCUAUAUAGCUGCGAUAAAAAUAUUAUUGCGCAACACAGCAUGGCAACCGUCUCUACUGAGUUGCAGUAGUCAAUUUAAUCGCGAUUAUUAAUUGCCAUUGUUUUGUUUGUUUUCUUUUUUUAUGCUGAGGUGAAAGUUGGAUGCUUUGGCUUACCAAAUUAUUGGUUUUAUUUAUUGUUGUAUGAUAUUUCUAGCUUUUUAUUUAUUAGUUAUUGCUACAAGAAAAGUAUAUUGUCUGAAGUCUUAAAAGAAAGCACGUGAAAUUACAAUGCAUUCAUUAUUAGUAAAUCCAACCUCGUCCCCAGGGCAUCUUGUUUUUUGACUUUGGGAUUGCAAAAUUUAUAGCCAGGGGAAACUUGUUGGAAAUUGGUAAAUGCUGUGCCCACCUGUGGUUCUUAAAGGUGCAAAAAUGGGUACAUAAUUUUCAAAUGGUAAUGUGAUUGAAGAAAAUAGCCUUUCUGUAUAAUAGCUUUUCUGUAUAGUUUCUUUUAUUAUGUUAGACAAUACGUUGUAUUUUGAUUGGUUUAUUUUACGGCGCAUGCGUUAAUGUAAAAACGUUGUAAACUUUGAAACAGCGUGGCUAGACCCGCGAAGAACUUAAUAAAAA